AUGAGUGAAAAGGAAAAAUCCCGUCGAAAACGCGCUUCGAGUGAGCCUGAAGCGGAAGAAAACACUCUUUCGCACAAGGAAAAAACGGAACAAGCAACACCGGAGGAGAACAAGGAAGACAAUGGUGAUGAUGAUGAUGAAGGUGGUUGGAUCGGACCGAUGCCUUCAGCAGCAGCACUGCCCAAAAAACGGAAAGUGCUGGAGUUUGAAAAGUUGUAUGUCGAAAAUCUUCCCGACGCGGAAUGUUACGAAAAGUCUUUCAUGCAUCGUGACACCAUCACCCAUCUGGUUGUGACAAAGUCAGAAUUCAUUGUAACCGUGAGCGUGGAUGGGCAUGUAAAAUUCUGGAAAAAGAUGGAACUGGGUAUCGAGUUCGUCAAACAUUUCCGCAGCCAUUUGGCCCCGAUCUGUUAUCUGGCAGCAAACUGCAGCGGCACAUACCUUUGCACAGCCUCGGUGGACAAAAGCAUCAAGGUGUUCGACGUGAUUAACUUCGAUAUGAUCAACAUGCUGAAGCUAGAGUACGUCCCGUACCGAGUCGAGUGGAUUCAUCGGAUGGGCGAUGUGAUCAGUUACCUGGCCGUGGCGGACCAAGAUUCUCCCGUUAUUCGAAUCUACGAUGGAAAGGGGACAAAUACUCCGUUGCAUACGCUGGAGAAGCUGCACACCAAACCAGUAGUGAUGAUGCGCUACAAUCCAAUCUUCGAAGUAACUGUCUCUAUCGAUAAGGCAGGCAUACUGGAGUACUGGUACGGACCACGGCACGAUUUUAAGUUCCCCUCUAAGUUGGUAAAUUUCGAAUCGAAACUCGACACCAGUUUGUACGAGUUUGCGAAGAACAAAACAACGGUCACCUCGUUGAGUUUCGCGCCCGAUGGCAAGAAGUUUGCUACCAUGUCCACCGAUCGACAGGUGAGAGUGUUUGGUUUCCUUAGCGGGAAACUGUUGCGUGUGUACGACGAAAGCUUAGCCCGCUACAGCGAGAGCCAACAGUUGUCGCAAACGCUGUCGAACAUGGAAUUUGGCCGGCGGAUGGCCAAUGAGCGCGAUCUGGAGAAAUCAGAUGCGUUUGCCAACAUGAACGUUGCAUUUGACUACAGCGGACACUUCAUACUGUAUCCGACGAUGCUCGGAAUCAAGGUGGUAAACAUCGAAACGAAUCGGUGUAUGAAGAUCGUUGGUAAGAACGAUAAUUUGCGACCGCUGAAUGUGGCCUUAUUUCAGGGAAAAGUGAAGUUCUCAAAGGCAGCAACAACUCUGGAGCAGGAAGCAUCCGAAAACAAAGCUGCUCAAGCCAUUCCAAACGAUCCGACGCUGUUCUGUACGGCGUACAAAAAACAACGAUUCUACCUCUACACGAGACGACUGCCGUCCGACUUGCAGGACAUAGAACGCGAUGUGUUCAACGAAAAGCCCUCGAAGGAAGAUAUUAUAUCGGUUACCGAAGGUCAAGGCGUGCAAAAGAUCUACGACAAUGCCGUUCUUCAUACGACGAUGGGCGACGUGCAUCUUCGCCUGUUCGGCAAGGAGUGUCCGAAAACGGUGGAGAACUUCUGCGUGCACGGCAAGAACGGCUACUACAAUGGGCACCUGUUUCAUCGUGUUAUCAAGGGUUUCAUGAUCCAGACGGGCGAUCCAACUGGCACAGGUACCGGUGGGCAAUCGAUCUGGGGUGGCGAGUUCAAGGAUGAAUUCUGCUCGACGUUGAAACAUGAUCGACCGUACACAGUGAGCAUGGCAAAUGCGGGACCGAACACUAACGGCAGUCAAUUCUUUAUUACCGUGCUUCCAACGCCCUGGCUGGACAAUAAGCAUACUGUGUUCGGACGCGUGCAAAAAGGCAUGGAAGUGGUGCAGAACAUAUGUAACGCUAAAACGAACCCCAAAACCGACAAGCCGUACGAUGAAAUUCGCAUCAUCUCAAUCAAUCUAUCGUAGACAAUCCAAAAAAAAAUACAACCAAUGAAAA